CAUCAUGAACAAUCUGAAGAUCGCGAUUGUGGGAGGUGGAAUCGGCGGUAUCGCGACAGCCAUCGGGCUCGUCCGUCAGGGCUUCGGAGCUUUCGACGUCUUUGAGGGUGCACGCUGCUUUGCGGAGAUCGGUGCCGGGCUCAACUUUGCCCCAAACGCUCGUUGCGCCAUCGCAAAGCUCGGCCUUGAGAAGGAAUUCAACGACCUUGGCACCUUCAUCGCUGACGGUUACUAUUUUGAGUAUAGGCUUGGCACAAGCGCGGACCAUCACUUGGUUGCCACAGCCAUGUCGGCGCCAGCGCCAUGCUCGACUGUCCACCGAGCCAAGUUCCUUUCUGCUAUGUUGGACCACGUACCCAAAGAUCGCGUGCACUUUGGCAAGCGGCUGGACAGACUCGAACGACUGCCUUCCGAGAGUCCGUACCCCGUCCGUCUCCAUUUCCAGGAUGGAAUGACGUACGACGCACACCUUGUCAUCGGCUGCGAUGGGAUCCAUUCGAAAAUGAGAGAGUACUUGGACGUCACUGGAGCGCCACGAUGGAGCGGGACAUGGGCGUACAGAGCGUUGGUCCCAAUCGGCUUAUUUGCGGAAGCCAUCAGCAGCGAGAGGCGCGAGCGCUAUUGCCGAGUCCCACAGAUGUUCAUGGACAAAGACAGGCACAUUCUCACCUUUCCCAUCGAUCACCACAACACCAUCAAUGUCGUCGCGUUCUACACGGACCGCACGACGGAAAAGCCAUGCCUGGUAGAGGGAGAGGCUUGGACGCAGACGACCUCGCAACAGGACUUGCUGAGCAAGUUUGAAGGCUGGGACGAGGAUAUGAUCAACGUGCUCAAGUGCUUCGAGAACCCCACGAAAUGGGCACUUCACCAGAUGGAUCCAUUACUACCGACGUACAUCGGCGACCAUGUCUUGCUUCUUGGCGACGCAGCACACGGCGGCGUCCCCCAUCAGGGUGCGCUGGCUGGCCAGGCAUUUGAAGACGCCCUGUUUCUCUCGCGCAUCCUCUCGCACCCAGGCGUCAAUGCAACCAACCUCAUGCAGGUGCUGCCGGUAUACGACCUGAUUCGCCUUCCGCGGGCCAAUCGCGUCCUGCAAACGAGCCUAGAAGCAGGCGAUGCGUACGAAUUCGCAGGACCCGACGGAGACGACUUGUGCGCCCUCGCCAACAAUCUCUCCAGUCGCUGGGCAUGGAUAUGGGAGCACGACCACGACGAGGACAUCGAACGAGCACUAGAGUGGCUGAAGGGCAAAGGCAUUCUUCAGGAGUAGACGUUCAACUGGACUGCUCAGAUCUCCACUGCCUGAUUAGAGCCUUGCCGUAGUCCCCGCAGUUGGGCAGCCGAUUG